ACGUACUCGCCGUGUGUUGUGCGUACAAUUCGGCGCGCGGUAUUCGAACUACAGUUACCUACAAAGUUAAACACCGUUAUCUCCUUAACCUAGUUCUACGUGCUGCAAAUGUGAUUUAUUAAAAAAACGGUAGGAGGUAUGCGGGCUCCGAAGGUACCCGCUACCUUGCUACUGUUGCUAUUUGCAAUAGAAGCACUUGAUGCUAACAGAAGAAAAACAAAGGAAAAAAUACUACCAGCGACCAUAAAUAUAUGUGACAUCAGCGAUCGGGACUCAAAGGUACACUGCUACUGCGAGUUCAGUCAAGAGAUCAACGAAGCAGUAAAAACAGAAUGCUGGGUCUUCAAUGGAGGGAUAGAGAGAACGGAUCCACUAUGGGCAAGCUUCACAUCCCAAUCCAAUAUAGAAACCCUAGCCUUCAAUGUAAGAGCAGAUGGAGGACUAGACUUUGUACCAUCAAAAGUCCUAAGAUACUUGAGAAAGGUUAAACACUUCAGUAUUAAGUACAGCUCUAUACACAAGAUAGAGAGCUACACAUUCGUCAACGUAACAUCUGUACAAGAAAUGACUUUAACUAAGAAUCAAAUAGUCUAUCUUGGCAAACAUUCGUUUUAUAAUUUGCCAAAUUUAACGAUACUUACUUUAGAUGAGAACAGAAUAGUCGAACUAGAAUCUGAAGUGUUCUACGAGCUACCGGCACUUCAGAAAUUAUAUCUUACUAGUAAUAACAUUACCGUCAUUCACGACGGAGCGUUCAAACAUCUAGUUAACUUAAUUGACUUAGAACUCGAUAGAAAUAAUAUAAGCGAUCUCAAGAAGGAGUGCUUUUAUGGACUUGCAAAUCUAAAGCGAUUAGAUUUAAGAAGAAACAAAUUAUCCAAACUAAAUUCAUUUACAUUUACUGAAUUGUGGAAUCUUCAGACAUUGUUGCUAGAUUAUAAUGAAAUUUAUAUUUUGGCCCAGAGGACGUUUGAUGGAUUAUCACAAUUAAGGAAGUUGAGUUUAAGUCAUAACAAACUUGUAACUUUGGCCAGCAGCCUAUUUGAAGGGGUCAGGGGACUGGCCGCUUUAGACCUAAGACAUAACAAAUUAAAGAGGUUCACAUCCGAGAACCUCCACCCAAUCUAUGACAACAUGAAGAAUCCAAAUAGCUACAUUUACUUGGAAGGCAACGAAUUCCCGUGCGACUGUCAUCUCGCAUGGAUGCAUAAGCUUCGUCACGAGGCCAAAAGCGUCAAAGUACGAACAUCUCUCGAAAAUUUCAUUUGCAAAUUCAACGUGGAGCCUUCGUUAAAUUCACACUUUACUUAUUUCGAAAGGAGCGUUAUCGGAUCAAACAAUUUGUACGAUAGCGAUGACAAAAGUCAAAUAAAAGAUUAUUCGGAUAAUCCGGAUGAUUUUUUUCAAGACGAAACAGACGACGCUUACGUUGAUGAACCAAAAGCUGUUAAGGGUGAAAAUGAGAGGACAUUACUUCAAAUCCCAGUGGAAACGUUGCCAUGCCCGCAGGACGUUAAAAGUGUGACCGACAGGACGUACACCUACCCGUCACAAAAUGAGGCGAAAGAUUACAGGAACUUAAUCCAAUCUUCUAAAACGACAUCGAUCGGCUCAAACGUUCCCGUCUUUCUGACAGCUUUUAUGGUAUUAAUAUGGACCACGCAACUGUAAAUACUAACUGAAUGGAGACGUAUAUAAUAUAUUACUUUGUUCUUCUUAAAGGAAUAUUAAAAUUCUUGUUUACUAAGCUCCAUUAUUUUCUUGAAACAUUCAUAUUAUAUGAGUACUAAGAAUGUAAAUAAAACUCAACCAGAAACUAAAAUGAGCAUCCUUAUGUAAAUACAUUCGCUUCUUGAAUCCGAAAGACCUUAUGAAAAUGUAAAUAGUAAUAUAAUUCUAUGUAAAAAAUGUGAUAUAAACUAUAAGUAUAAUUACGAUAGGCAAUUUAUCUUGGAAAAUGAAAUUUUAUCGUAGGAUACUUUUCUAAAAGGAAACUUGGAUUUUUCUCAUCAUGAAAAUUGAUUUAUAUUGUUGCGGAUCUAUUGAAGAACUUUAUGUAAAUAUUUGAGAUAUUCAUAAAAUAAAUCAGUUGUAUAUAAUACAAGUACAUA